GUAAAAAAUAAAAAUGGAGGGUCAAACCCCUUUCCCCUCAUCUUCUUCUUCUCCGGCAUAUCACCUCCCAACCUUCUUCCCUACUCCACCUCGCCGUCGCUUCUUCCCGCUCAAUACACUCCCCCCCCCCCCUUCAUCUCUCCCUCCACCUUCGCCCCCAGCCAAGCUCCCUUUCUCCAACGCUGGAACCCCUACCCAACCACCACCAAUCUCGCCUUCCCAUUCUUCUCGUCUGGCACUCCCCCACCCACGAUUCUGAUUCCAUUGAAGUAACCCUCAGCCGCAUUCGUGAUUCCGAUUCCAUCGAUGCCUCACAAUACUGAUCGAUUCUGAUUUCACCCGGGUCUUGUUGAUGUGUCCGUUCUGGAUCUGGGUCUUGCUAAUGGGGAAGCUUUAUGGGCCGCGAUUGAUUCUUUUCUUUCCGUUGGUUUCCUGCAGGGUACGGCGAGAGCUGGGAUAGGGGAUAUUUUUGAAACCAUUGGUUUUGGAUAAUUUGAUUGUUUUGAUUGCUUGAUUAUUGCUACCUUGAUGAAGAAAGAAGAAAGCAAAGAAUAGAAGAAGGUUUUGGGGGCUCUGGUUGGAGAAGCGAGACGGAGGAGGGUGGUGAAAUGGGUAUCCAAUGUUGAUGUCAACAUGCAGUUGAUGAACGGAGAAGAAGAGGAAAGAAGGAGGGCGCAAUCUCAUGGAUUUGGAUCGGAAGGAUAUCUGAAGAUCUUCGAUGAUGGGGAGUGAUGGCGAAGUUGAGGUUGUGCGUCUUCAGGAACGCUCUGGCGAGUUCCGGUGACGAGACGACGACAUUCGAGGUCUCCCCCAACUUGAGGUGCAUCAUACCAGGGUCGUAUUGUCGGGCCAAGUCUCGUAGUCGCCGAUGGGGUAGAGAGGAGGAGCGGCCUGCAGCGAGCUGGUGUAGGGGAGGAGAGUGGAUCUGGUCGGAGGAAGAAGAAGAGUUUUAAUUUUUAGAUUUUUUUCUUUCAUUUUCUUAAUUAUUUAAUAAUUUAUUUUUAAAAUUAAUAUUAAAAUACGAUAUGAUGACUGCCACGUGGGAGACAGCUCAUCAACGUAAAGCUUAGUCAACAUUUACUAACGGAAUUGCUAACAGAGAGUUAAUGUUUGACUAAUAAUUUAUAUUUCGAUAGUUGUGGCUAUAAUUUCCCUAUGUUUAAUAGUUGUGGCUAAUAUAUUGUAUUAACCCUAUAAAAAACCAAAUAGUGAUAACAAGAAUUAUAUUCAGGAGGAAAAAAUAAAAUGAUUAAAACAAU